AUUUUGAAUCGCAUAGAAAGGGGGCCUGGCGCGUUUCUAAAAUACUUUGUUUUAUGUGAUAAUUAAUAAUAAAAGGCUUCUUUUAUUAAGUAUAAGAUGUCUUCAAUAACUCAACUAUGUCGUUUGAGUAAUUUAACAAUAAGCAGUUACAAAUGUGUUCUGCAAGGAAGAACUAGUUGGGUAAAUCAAGUGCAACUAUGCAACUACACGAAGAAGUCAGCAGAACAAAAACUAGGCAUAGAGAGACCAAAGCGGCCUCUAACUCCGUUUUUCAAGUUUAUGACACAAAUGAGACCGGCGCUCCUAGCCAAGAACCCCGGUAUUACUUCCAAGGAAGCAAUCGCGUGGAGCUCCAAGCAUUGGCAACAAUUAGAUUUAGAGACUAAGGCUCAAAUGACGAAAGAAUAUGAGAAAGACUUGGAAGAUUAUAAGAAAAUAAAAGCUAUGUACGAGUCUUCAUUGACUGACGAGCAGAAGGCUGACAUCCAGCGGGUGAAGGAGGAAAUGGCAGCUGCCAAGGAAAAGAGGAAAUUGAAAGCUGAAUACAAAGAGUUAGGAAAGCCAAAGAAACCAAUGUCUUCCUAUUUUCUAUACAUCCAGUCUAGAAAAGAUUCAUUCAAGGGCAAACAAAUGAAGGAAUAUCAAGAGAAAGCAAAAGUUGAUUGGCAGAAAUUGCCAGAAAGUGAAAAGGCUAAGUUUGAAAAGCAAGCAGCGGAACUUAUGAAUAAAUACAGAAAAGACUUGGAAGCAUGGGAGUUGAAAAUGAUUUCACAAGGACGCUCAGACCUUGUGCGUACCAAGCCUGCACGAGAAAAGAAGCCAGCGAGUGCCAAGAAAUCACAAUAGGAACUCGGGUGCUCCGAUGACUUGACUGACUUGAAUUUCACAGAAAAAAUAGAUGUCUUAAGAGAAGACAGUAAAUCUGAUACACAACGUAAAAAACCGCUUAUAAUAGAGUCAACUCCAGUAUCGAAAAUGGAACAGGAAAGUAUUAACAAGCCAGAGUCAGAAGAGUUACGGAGCACGGGUGACAGCCAUAUACAUUCUAAUCAAAAUAAGCCUGAUAGCAAGGACAAGGAGCCAACUGCACUCUGGGUGACAAUAAGAGCAUGGAAAUGAUUGAAAAAUGGUGAAUAUGGAUUGGAACCACCUUUUCAAGUAAAAAUGCAAUCGAAAUAUUACAAAUAUUUUAUUUUUAAAGAUGCAUUACAAAAUAUUAAAAUAAA